AUCCAAGUUAAUGGCUUAUCCGUGUGGUUUAUGUUGGGCUGAGCAAACGGUCAUUACCUGUUGAAGAUAAAGAAGGAAGAUUGUGUUGUGUUAGCAUUCUCAAGUCAACUCAAUACUAUGAUGUCGUUGAUAGUUACUUCAUCACCACUCCGUGUCCCCUUCCAUUCUCACAAGCUGUGUUGGUCAAAAACAUUAUCCAAACAGGUCCCUGCAUUUCUUCUCCCUACCCAUACAAGCUCUUUUUCUGUUUCUGAAAGGGGUCUUCGUUCACUUUGCUUCUUCAACUCUGGAGAUAACUCUCAAGCAAAGGAAUCUGGAUUGGAAUGGCCUAUUCUCCGCCGAUGGGAAGUGCCUUGGCAAUGGCAAACAGUUCCACUAACCUCUCUUGCUUGUGCAUUGGGUUUUGUGUUGACAGGUUUGGUUGAGGCAACAGCUGUGCCAUAUCUAGGGAUUCAAUUUGAUGAGCUAACUUUAGAUGAGAAGGCAGGUAUACUUUUUGUGGAUCAGAGCCUUACAACUGCUGUUGUACUUGGAGUUCUCUAUGGUAUUGCCAAUGCGUACCAGCCACUCCCAGAAGACUUCUUCAAAUAUGAUUGGAGAGAACCUUUCAAUUUUGAGAAGGGGUGGCUUUUGUGGGCAGGAGUAGGACUUGCUGGUGCCCUAAUUGCCAUUGCAGUGACAGGAGCUGCCAUGUCUUUCUUUAGUGGAGAAACCCCAGAAAGAGGGAAUGACACUCUGGUUACCUUGCUCCCAUUAAUUGGUUCUUCAAAUGUCAGCACUGCUUGCUUGGUGGGCAUCACUGGUGUUCUUGCUCCGCUUCUUGAGGAAACUGUAUUUCAAGGCUUUUUCAUGGCUUCCUUGACCAAGUGGGUUCCCACACCAGUAGCUGUCAUCAUUAGUGCUGCUGUAUUUGCUCUCGCUCACCUUGCUCCAGGAGAAUUUCCGCAACUGUUUGUUUUAGGGACUGUUUUGGGGAUUUCAUAUGCUCAAACUCACAACCUUCUUACUCCCAUCACUAUUCAUGCUUUCUGGAACUCAGGAAUUAUAUUACUUCUUACUUUUCUUCAGCUUCAAGGUUAUGAUAUCAAAGAGUUGUUGCAGACAACCUGAUGGGAACAUAUUCACUCCUUUGCACAGAUCUGGAGCAUGUAAAGAUUCAUAUCUUUGCCCAACUUUGCUCACUUUUCCUUUUGUAAAAUAUAGUGAGGAUGUUAAAUUGAUAUUUGAUCAUGGAAAAUAAAAUAUGCGAUGAACUUUAUGAUGUUUUAAGCAGAAUUUGAUCUAGUACAAGUUUCUUUAUACCAUGAAAAAACGUGCAUGUUUAGUUCAG